AUGGAUGAUCUACUUUCUCUUGCGUCCAUAUCGACGGCCUUUCAUCGUCCUUUGGCCACUCGAUUAACUAACGGAGAGUCUAUUGAGCUUACCCUCAAUUACCUGGAUAUGCCAUGGAAGGCUCUCCAGAAAUCACAAGACCUAUCCAGGAUUUUGUGCCUCUUGCCGGAGGCAGCGAGCUGUAUUCACUCAUUGGUGGUGAUAAAUUCUCCGAUGUUCGUCUUGAAUGAAGUCGAAGCUUGUUCCACGAGUCAAGAAGACGAUUCUGACUUGGAUGAUGGUGAUCUUUUGCCAUCACAGAAGCUUCAGAGGGACAUUCGAAAGUUAAAGAUUUUGUAUCCUUCGUAUUCAUACCACGACCCUAAUCUGGGUCGCAUUAUGUUUCACUCGUACAAUAUCAAGAAGCUCGUCAUUGACGGCCGGCGUCAUCUAUUCGAUAUACGCCUAUUCGACCAAAUGUACAACGGGGCAAUUCAGAGGGCGCUGACGUCGUCGGUAGUAACGAACUUGCGUUUGAGGGGGGUUGUUGGAAUUUCCGCGAAAUUUUUACAGGUGUGCUCUAAUCUCAGGAGAGUGUUUCUAUCCCAAGUGGGGUUCGCGGACUACAUAAAAGACGGUAUAAGCGUUAAUGAAACUGCGACAAGAAAUGUGGUUAAGAUUGGACACGGGUACGAGAAGAAGCAGCCAACCGAAGAACAAGGCAGUGCUUCAUCACCAAUAAGAGUACAAAAGAUCCAGCUACAGACGAUACAAGAAGGGAUCUAUGACCACUGGAAAAAUUCAGACGGAAAAUUCGGAUACGUAGAUAGCGAGGACGAAGAGUAUGAUGAUUCCCAGGGACCCCUCACUCUUAAUAUCUGUGACGUUAUUGAUGGCGGAGAGGUGCUCAGACAGUCGAUCACCCACUCGCCUCCGCUAACAAACGUAUUUCGGUUGAAAGUUCUAAACAUGAAUCUUCGGAGCGCUGUAGACAUCCAAAUUAUGGGUGAUUUACUGAAUGUUUGCGCAAAUAGUCUGGCUAUUGUGAAGCUAUCGACGAAGGAUAUUUCUCGAUUCCCGGAGAAAAUUCCGUUUGGAACGUCUUUAAGAUCCAUCGACAUAUCGAUUCUGCCUUCUCUCACUAUGCUCAAGAUUCACUUAAAUUUCAAAACUCCCCUCCAAGGGGAAGGAUGUGAGAUUGAGUGGUUCCUUAACGGGAUGGGAUCCAUCAGUCAGCCAAACUGCUUACGAACUCUCGGAAUCAUCGUUGACCUUCCAGGUGGUUACGGUGACGGAAAAGACGAGAAUGACUUAGUCGAAGAAUACGAUGGGUAUGGCCAUUGGGAAGAUGUUUUGCUGGCUGAAAAUCUUGCUGGCCUGGAGAAGGUCGACAUCACUUGGAUCUUACCGAGUGACGACAACAGAAAGCUGGAGUAUAUUCUUCUUCGUAUGCCCAGGCUUAAAGCGGACAAAAGGUUCUCAUUCCAUGAAGAUUGGUAUUUCUAUCCUCGCCGUCCCCUGGCUUUGAGAACCAACAGUAGCUUUACUGAGCUUCCUGCAGGGGGACACAGGUCAAACUAG